AUGGCAGAGGGCCAGUCAUCGACGCCGGCCACUCAGCCAUCUGGUCAAGCCCCCCAGGUACCGCAGAAGCUGUCGGACGUUAUCCGCAGUUAUCGUCCUUGCAAGUUGUUUCGCGCAUCAAAGGCAGACAAUGGCAAUUUUGUGACUUCGCUGGACUUCGAUGACCAGGGCGAUUACCUUGUCGCGGCCGGCGACGAUGAGACUAUCCAGGUCUUCGAUAUCAAGGAAGGCAAGCUCACAAAAACCGUGCCCAGCAAGAAGUAUGGUGUGCAUCUGGCUAGAUUCACUCAUCACUCUCGUCAGGUCCUUCACGCCAGUACCAAGAUGGACCAUUCUUUGCGCUUGCUUGACCUCCACAAUGAAGGAUACGUGCGAUAUUUCACAGGUCAUACAGACAAGGUCACAUGUCUGGCGGUCUCUCCGGGCAGCGAUUCGUUCAUCUCAUGCUCCAAGGACGACACCGUCACGCUCUGGGAUCUCGGCUCCCGCAACCCCCAAGGCAAGCUGAAGCUUGCGACUCCGUACCUCGUGGCGUAUGAUCCUUCGGCUUCAGUCAUUGCCAUUGCAUCACAGUCUACCUCCUCUGUUCUCCUUUACGAUGUCCGCAACUACGACAAGCCCCCAUUCUCGACAUUUGAUCUUGCGCCCAUUGAAGAAUUGUAUACGCCGUCCACUCGAGGACGCGCCUGGACUAAACUUGAGUUCUCUAAUGAUGGAAAAUAUUUGAUGAUUGGUACAGAUUACCAUGGACACUUCAUUCUGGAUGCCUUUGAAGGUACCGUGAAGGCUUUCUUGACUGGUAAGGGUGGUUCGGCCGGUCGCGCUGCCCCAGUAUCCUCAACAAGCAAGCCAAUGGGACAAGGUGACGCAUCUUUCACGCCGGACGGACGAUACGUAAUUGGGGGGAACGGAGAUCAGCCUGACGUUCUGGUGUGGGACUUGCAACAGGAAAGGGAAGCAAAUAACAUGUUGCCGCCCAUGUGCAGAUUGCCAUACCGAGGGCGCACUGCGCUUCUUGAAUACAACCCUCGGUACAACAUGAUUGCCAGUGCCGACAAGGAGACAGUCUUCUGGCAACCCGAAGAGCCACCCCGACCUUCUGAUAAAUAG